GAGGCCUCAAGGACACAAGUGCAGAUCUGAGUGAUUGCCGUCUGGUUGGUUGAAAACUUUCACCAAAUAAAAAAACAACUUGGGAUUUUGCCAAGAAAUAGAGCUUUGUCUUUCCUUGUGUGUCUGUUGAGACCUAGGAAAAUGAUGCCUCUUACCCCCUCCCUAAACAUGGGACUGGUCUGGCUGGCAAGGAGGUUUCACUUUCUAUCUUUGCAGACCUUCAGAGAAAGCGAUUAUGAUCCUGUGGCUGACACCCAGGGUGUGAGAUGGCUGAAUUUUGGGCGUGGGUGCCUUAGAAAUGAGCAUGCAUAUGUUGACCACAGACCGUCUCAUCUUUUGACGAAAACAUAGCAUUGAAUGGCCUUUAUUUUGAUUAUUAGGACAUGUUGCGGAUUUUGUGGGCUUUGGUUGAAGUUUCUCUAUAAUUAUCUCCAAAUUUCAGAGGGCUUUGGUUUUUUCCAGUUUUUAGUCCUACGAAAUUGAAAGUUGAGAGGGAUCUAGAGGUGAGUUUGGAUAUAGAUGUGGGUUUGAGCUGGAAAAUGGAACUGAUACAUGCAGGCCAGAUGCUCAGCAGAAAGGAAAAUAAAGGUUCAGGCAGCCCAGGUGCCUGAAUGUGAGGAAGCCCCGCUCUGGUGGUGCCCAGUUCCCCCCAGUACCCUUCUUCCCCGUCUCCUCCCAAAGUGGUGUCUUUCUGGCAGCAGGUCAUGCUCCGAGAGCUGCUAAUUUCCCCCAGGGGUGGCCUCUGACCACACGAUUGUGGCUCCACUUUUCUCUUCCCUGGGGACACAGUGGGGAGGGCUCAGGCCCUGGGCCCUUGGCGAGAGAUCACUUGAAAUGGUGUCUAUUUGUUUGUUUCCUCGACUGCUUAGUCAUUCGUGCCGCUGGGGGCGUGGCUGCCGACUGCUGAGUGGCCAAGCUGUCGGGCAGUGGGAGCCUUUCUGCCCCGUUUGUACUGGGUGUCUCUGUGGGCGUGAAGGCCAGAGAUGGCUAUCUGGAAUCGCUACGCUGUGGCUGCUAGGGGGCCUGGAGGACUUCGCUGUCUCUCCUCCACCACACCCUCCACGCCCUCGGCGCUCCUCUGUUCCUGUCCCGCCAGGAGGGAAGGGACAGAAGGUUUAGUCUCUGAUUUACUGGUAGGGAACUCAGGCCUCUGCCUUGCACCAGCCAUUCUGGCUUCCAUUCUGAUUCUCCCGUGAAAGAAAAUGCUUCAGCCAAGAGGGAUGGAUGACACUGGCAGGAGCCUUCCCCGUAGGAACUGGGUGCCCACGCCCCAGCCCGUGCUUUUUGCACUUGUCGUUUCUUCUGUGGCCCAGGACCUCGCUCCUGGCAGUGGGGCAAAAGGAAGGGCAGGAUGGAUGGAAGCAGAAGCUGCUUCAGGCGGGAGAAGUGGGACCCGGCCCCAGGAGUCCUUUCUCUGGGGUGCAUCCCUACUCUGCUCUGACGAGAACUUCAGGGUCCUGGUCAACCACUUUUCUAUCUCCUCUCCAAUAGAUCAGGCCAGCUCUGAGGGCUGGUGUCUCAGUUUCCACUUGUUUGACAUCUUCCUGAUCCGGUCCUACCUCACCUGACUCCCACUAGUCCUUCAGGUCAUAUAGGAAAGUCAUUUUCCCAGGAAGCCAUUCUUAACUCUGUCCGUCCCAUUCCCUACUCCCAACGCCCUUUGUUAUAUUCUGCCUUAUCACUCUGUUCUUGCCUAGCAUAUCACUCACUAUGUGUUGUUGUAAAAAUACAUUCUCCCCGAUAUGAGAGGCAAAGGAUAGGUCACAGAUUUAUCCUCAAGACCUAGUCCUUGAGGACUAGGGAGGCUCUUCAAAUAUUUGAAUGAAGGUGGGCUUGGAUUUUCUUAAAAUUUUUAGGUCAGGUAUUUAAACCUACUUUCUUUAGAUCAGGGGACAAAGAGGAAUUUAGUUUUGGAGCUAUUGAAACUGAAAAAUCUGUGUCCAGGACCCAGCCAAAUACAUGGGUCUGAAACUCAAGUAAAAAGAUCAUCCUUGGGAAACAGACUUGGAAAUUAUUAGCAAGUCCUGGGAGGUGGCCUUCUACACCCCCAGUGUUGCUACAGUCUAGAUUUGGCAUGGUUAGAACAGGAUCAUGGGAGAGGGAGGACAAGGGUUCUCUCUCCAAGCAGAUUUUCUUUCCCAUGGGUUUAUCCAUUUGUUUUUCAUCACAGAAAUGGCUUCCACCUUCCAUCCACGAGAAUGUGAGCUGUCUAAACAAGAAGGGCAAAGCUAUGGCUUCUUCCUGCGGAUUGAGAAGGACACUGCUGGCCACCUGGUCCGGGUAGUUGAGAAGGGUAGCCCAGCGGAGAAGGCAGGCCUCCAGGAUGGAGACCGAGUUCUUAGGAUCAAUGGUGUCUUUGUGGACAAGGAAGAGCAUAUGCAGGUUGUAGAUCUGGUCAGAAAGAGUGGGAAUUCAGUGACUUUACUAGUCCUGGAUGGGGAUUCCUAUGAGAAAGCAAUGAAAAAGCAGGUAGACUUGAAAGAGUUGGGUCAAAGUCAGAAAGAGCCGAGUGUGAAUGAUAAGAAACUGCCUGCUGUGAUGAACGAAGGAGCACAGACUCGGACUCAGCCACGGCUCUGCUAUUUGGUGAAGGAGGGGAACAGCUAUGGCUUCUCUCUGAAAACUGUCCAAGGUAAAAAGGGAGUGUACAUGACGGAUAUAACGCCUCAAGGUGUGGCUAUGAAAGCUGGUGUCCUGGCUGGUGAUCACUUGAUUGAAGUGAACGGAGAGAAUGUCGAAGAUGCCAGCCAUGAGGAAGUGGUUGCCAAGGUGAAGAAAUCCGGAAGCCGAGUCGUGUUCCUGCUGGUGGACAAGGAGACUGACAAGCUCCAUGCUGAGCAGAAGAUAAAAUUCAAGAGAGAAACGGCCAGUUUGAAAUUGCUACCCCACCAGCCCCGGGUUGUGGAGAUGAAGAAGGGAAGCAAUGGCUAUGGUUUCUAUCUAAGGGCAGGCCCAGAACAGAAAGGUCAAGUCAUCAAGGACAUAGAUUCCGGAAGUCCAGCAGAGGAGGCUGGCUUGAAGAACAAUGACCUGUUAGUCGCUGUCAACGGCGAGUCUGUGGAAUCCCUGGAUCAUGACAGUGUGGUAGAAAUGAUUAGAAAGGGCGGAGAUCAGACUUCACUGCUGGUGGUGGACAAAGAGACGGACAACAUGUAUAGACUGGCUCAUUUUUCUCCAUUUCUCUACUAUCAAAGUCAAGAACUGCCUAAUGGUUCUGUCAAGGAGACUACAGCUCCUACACCUGCUCCUCUAGAGGUUUCGAGUCCAGAUACUACAGAGGAAGUAGGAGAUCAUAAGCCUAAGCUCUGCCGGCUGGUUAAAGGGGAAAACGGCUAUGGCUUUCACUUAAAUGCGAUUCAGGGUCGGCCAGGCUCCUUCAUCAAAGAGGUACUGAAGGGCAGCCCUGCCGAGCUGGCAGGGCUGGAGGAUGAAGAUAUCAUCAUCGAAGUGAAUGGAGUGAACGUGGUGGAUGAACCCUAUGAGAAGUUGGUAGACAGAAUCCAGAGCAGUGGGGAGAAUGUCACACUCUUAGUCUGUGGAAAGAAAGCCUAUGAUUAUUUCCAGGCUAAGAAAAUCCCUAUUGUUUCCUCCAUGGCUGAUCCACUGGAUGCCCCCACUGAUUCCAAAGAAGAGACACUGGCAGAACCAGAGCACGACUCACACACGGCAAAAGAACGAGCGUACAGUACAGCCUCACAUUCUUCUUCCAAUUCUGAAGAUACAGAGAUGUGAUGAGAGCAACUAACGGCGUUGGCUGACAGCUGUUUCUGGGUGUUGAGUAGGGAUCCUUUCCCGAAGAAUGAGCUGCCACCCAUUCACUGUCUCUGGUAGAGAGGAACUCCUCUGGCAACCAGUUCAUCAUGGGGGACUGUCUUCUGUUGUCAUUUGCCUUGGGGGUGACUAUUGCAAUAGAUGGCUUAUUUAUGGUCAACUUAAGGCGGGAACCACAUUCUUUUCACGUGAUUUCUUUCAAGCUUCAACUUCACUACAUUUCUCUAUGACGAUAUCUCUUAAUUCUAUAGGCUCCUUGAGCAUUAAAGAUGAUUUGUAAAUCUGUAUAUGUGAGAGCUGCUAUAAAGUAUCUGAGCAGAUGAGCCUAUUAAAAUUAUACUUUUGUAAGAAUGUUGUGGUUGCUAAAAUAGAUGCCAUUAAGAAUGCCUUUAGAGUAUACUUGAAUCUUCCCGGUUAGUUGAUAAAACCUCAAGAGUGCUUUUGUUUUUGGUAAACUUGCUUUUAUGCUGUAACCUUCAUUUUGCCUCUAGAAACCCAAAACAAUAAAAUUCAGAAUAAGAUCUUA